AGAAUUUUGGCAUCCGGAUUCCGGAGAAGGAAACGGUAAGAGUUGCAUAUGAGCUGUCUAAAAAACUUUCCCCGUGGAUUCCGCGUUCCGCAAUCAGCAAGGCAGGAAGCAACAGACAAACUCAAAAAGCAAACACACUAUUUCCUAUUUCCUAUCUCCAAAGUCCAAGUCUGUAUUCUGUAAACCACAAAGUGAAGCAUAAUAGAAGUAGUAGGUGCAGAUAUUCUCUCUCUUCCUCACUUAGCUUGUUUUGUUUAAUUUCUCAAUUCUUAUGGUAGCAGUGUCCUCCUAGGCUGAAGGCUCCUUUAAUUUGAGAGUUGCUGUUGCUUGGAAGAUGUUGAAGCAUAAUUACGAUUAUAGCCAUAGGGGAUGGAAACGGAUACUGAUGGGAUUGGGCUCAGCAACUCCAGUUACUGCUGUUAUAUUAUCCAUCAUUCUCUUGCUCCCGUCUGCUUCUGCCUCAGAAACAGAUCAACUCCUUCAUCCUCGCGUCUCUGCUGCUCGCAGUCUUCUGCAAGCUCAACAAGGUUGCCCAGUGAAUUUUGAGAACUUGAACUACACAAUCAUAACGAGCAGAUGCAGAGGGCCUAGAUAUCCUCCCAACAUCUGUUGUGAAGCUUUCAAGGAUCUGGCAUGCCCCUAUGCUGAUGAAUUAAAUGACCAAACCAACAAUUGUGCCACCACCAUGUUCAGCUACAUCAACCUCAACGGCCACUAUCCCCCCGGGAUUUUUGCCAACGAGUGUCGUGACAGGCACAGCAAGCGAGGUCUCGAGUGCACUGAUGCUCAGUCUUCCCCUCACACACCCACUCCUGAUUCCUCCUCUGCUGCCACUCCAACCAUUUGCCUCUUUUUCCUCUCCCUUUUAUUUUCUUUUUUCAUAUAUUCUACAACUUGUGCUACCAUCAAUUAGGAUUUAGGAAUUAGGAAAUAGGAAUGUAUCCAUAUCCAUUCAUUUUUAUGCAUAAAUAAAUUACAUUAUUUGUUGUAUACAUUUAAUUUAUAGUACAUCCAUAUAAGCUUACAAAGUCCAAUCUGAAUAUAUAUACAAACUUCUUCAACAUUAAACACUGGUAACUAAGGCUAUGUUUAGUUCACCUGAAAUUUUCUGAUCUGAAUUUAUCUGAUCUGAUUUGAACUUAUUUUUUCUGA